AUGAAGUCCCAGAGCGAGCCUCUUGCGCGUAAGUAUGUACCCUCAGUUUUCGUCAAUCCAGCACUCUCCCACCUCCCUUUACCUGCCUUAACCCUGAACCCAAACACCUCAAACUCGGUCAUUAUGGCCCCGAACCUACCUCCCGGUGCGAGAAAGGCCAACGGCAUGGAGGUCAACAUAUCUGGUUUCUAUGGCAUACACCCAAUCGAGACUGGAGUCGCCUACUGGUACCGCGGACAUUACAUUUACUCGACUGCCGGAAUCCCCGUGGAGCCAGUUCCGUUUGCAACUAAGAAGGGCGUGCACAUCGUCGGUACGACUAUCGAGACCGCGCCGCCGUUCCGCCUCGGUGGUGUGCCUGGUGACCGAUACGAGAUCGAAGUUGCUGCAUUGCACAGCAGCAUGGUACAUGCUUGGAAGGAACAAGAGAAAGAGAAGGAAACUGGCGAGGCUGUUGCUUCUGGAGACCAGACAGAUGAGAUCCAAGGCUUGAAGCCGGCCGAUCAAGAAAUGAAUCCCGCACAGAACCGCUUUCGACUCGAGGUCACCAAGAACGAAGCGGGGGGCUACUACAACGAUCGGGCUAUGUUUCUUGCUCAGUCCGCACCUGGUUCUCAGCAUGGAACACCGACACCGUCGCGAUCGAACACGCCAAUGCAACAUGGUACACGGUCUGCAUCGAUGGCUCCGUUCCGUGCCGUGGCAUCUACCUCGAGAAUGCAGACAUUGUUGGAGCAGGCACCCGUUAUCGAGGGACUUCUUGCGCUGCAGGAGAAACAUCCGGGUGUCUCCUCGCGUAACACUUCCAUCCAUAAGGACAUUCCCGGCCCAUCCAUGUUCGACCUUGUCAAGGCCCGUGAGCAGACCGCCAGCCGAGCUGGUCGCACCCGCUCCGACAGCAUGAAAGCUGCCAGCCUUGCUCUGAACGUUGCGUUCAAUGACUCCAACAGGGACGUCAGCGGAAAGGUAAACAAGAAGAAUGAAGACAGCGUCUUGAAAUGCUGCAUUCACGGUGGAGAUUGUGACGGAGUCACCGUUACAACGGAGCAUUUGACCUUGAAGAAUUUGAAGAUUCGGGGCUUCAAAGAGGCGUACCCUGUAGUGAUCAAUCAAGGUCGGACAAUGAUCGAUUGGUACACGCUGAUGAAGGAGGAGUCACACAACGGGAAGUAA